AUGCUGUUAGGCCCGGCUUUGGAAGCUGUAGGCGGGUCGAUCGGCCGUCGACCUCUUCCGUUUUUUGCCGUUUCGCUUCUGAUCACAGCGCUGUCACUUCUCACUCUUUAUUUCCUACCGUGAGCUUUUUUUUCUUUCAGAAAGUUUGAAAGAAUUCAAAUUUUGAACAUUUUUUGUACAUAUACUGUAGUAGACACGCUCAUUUUGCUCGAGGGAAAUUUCCUCACGCCAUAAAUUAUCAUAAAGAUAGCACUCCAAAGUACAUUUUGUGAUCAGAAUGUCUAACUUUGAGAUGUAAAAAACUAAUUAAAAAUAUCACCAAAAAAAUUACUAUUUUUUUCCGAGAAAGAUAUUUUAAAAAAACUAUAUUUUUUUUUCGUCUGAAAAUCUUUUUUCGGUGAACUUUUUUUAACUCAGCGCUGCCUUUUUUAAUCAAAAAUAAACCAAUAAUGGGGAUACAUUUUCUGUAAAAUCAUCAAAUUUGUCACAUUUUCGACUUGAAGCAAACCAUUGUUCGCGAAAAAUCUGUCUGACCUCUCUGCGCCCUACUCGCCAGAUCCGCGUCUCUGCUUAUUUUCCCAACCUCGCUCCGAGUCGGGACAUGCGGCUCUUGAUAAACCGUCGGUUCCGAGUCUCCUUCGCUCAUUCAUCCACCAUUCCCAAGUCAUGAAGGAGGCCUACUUUGUGACUUGGCGCAUGGAGGUUGAGCUGCCGGGAGUUUCUUAUCACAAUUUAUGUGAGAGAACUUUCUGUCAAGAGAUUUUGAAAGUCCUGAAGUCCUCAGACGACAGGUGCAUGACCAUAGAUAUAUCAAGAAAGGAUUUUCUCCUAAGAUGAAUUAAAUUUGAUAAAAUCGCUAAAAAAACACUCUUGAAAUAACUCUGAAACGGCAAAACACAAUAGCAAAAUAUACAAGAAAAUGUUCAAAUCAAAAAAUUAACGAGACCUCUACAAUUAUCUGAAUCUUCACGGUUCCCAUCGAAAGCAAACAAUUCUGAUUUCAAAUAAAACAUCAAAAAGAUGGAUUUAACACCAAAAAAGCAAGGUCCAAAAAAUUUGAACCAAGAAAUCCCGUUUCCUCUUCGUAUUCUCAUCUCAAAAAAAAAUUCGAUUUGAUUUUAUUUUUACAGCUUCGACAUAGUUUUGAAAUUCGAUGACGGGUACAACAGAGUUGAUGCACCGUCGAUUGGCGAACUCCAAUCGCAAAUCAACUUUUUCGACAGCGUUAGUUUUUUUAGAAUAUUAAAAAAUGAUUACUUUUCAUUUACUAGAAAAUGAUCUUACGUGAAAAUCGAGUAGAUAAUAGAGAUUUUGUGGGUUUAAUAAGCCUAGAUAACAGUCUGGGAAAUAAAAAUAAAGGUUUUCUAACCCUUCAGGCUACCGAGGAAAAGCUUGUCAAAGCUUUUUGAGAAUGUGAAAGAGCUUUUCUUAGUACUUAAGGCAGUACUUUAGAGUGGUUAUCAUUUAAUUCAAACGUAACAUGAUGUUUAGGCGAUCCUCUGAUUGUGAGCAACCCUCUGAACUUGAUGUACAAAAUUAUGAAAACAUUUUUUUUCUGUUGCUAUAAUUUUUUAUCAAACUUUUCGAAUCUUCGAAAUCCUAUUAAUUUUGUCGUAGAUUUUCACGGUAAUGUGCAAUCUUUUAAAUCAGAUCUUUGACUUUUUCAGAAAGUGAAACCCUGGUAUAGUGCCUUGUUUGCUGUCCCACGGAACGGUAGUGCUUCUAUCACGGACAAUGCCGAAUUCAACGAAGUCUACAAGUUUUAUGACGUCAGUCUUUUUCAGUUGAAAUUUUUUGAGAUUUUGAGAGUGGUCUCUGUAGGGAUUCGUAAAGUGGUUCCUAGAGGGCUAAAGGGGAUCUUUCAAGGGCCUCUAAGGUUGCCAUCAUAGAGACCACUCUGGAGCUCAUAAGAUUCUUGUUAAAAAAAAACUUGUUUUGGUUUAGAAAUUGAUGAAACUUCCCAUUCGUGGCGAAGGUAAUCAAACGAUUGCUUACAAGGACAUUUGUGGCAGCAUGUGCGAUUUCAACGAUAUCCUCCUUUACUCUGUAAGAAAAGAAGACAUUUUUGAAAAUUUUCGGGUUUCAGAGCAUUUUCCCGCCGUUCACAUGGCCGGAGGACACUAUCAUGUUCUGGUACAAAGCGAACAUUGGCAAACAUUUUUUCGAUUUAAAACUCAACGAGGUUUUGGUGUUAUUCAUUUUCAACGCCUAGGUGUGGCUUUUUGAGAUUACCGCAAGAUAGUUGCGCGUACAUGAAAAUUUUUCAAAAUUUGCUCACGUUUUUUCAACAACAAAGUGAAUUUAUAUAAUCCAGGGCUCUUCUAAACGAACAGGACUUUUAAAGAAAAGUUAUAUUCAUGCGAUAAUUUCGAAAAUGUAACUGAAGACCCCUCAUCUGUUUAUCAAUAUACGGAAACAGGAAUUGAUUUUUUGCGUAGAUUAAAAAAAUUACGAAGCUUCCAACCUUGCAAAAUUGCAAAACUCUCCAAAAACACAAGUUUCCCCUUUAGAGAAAAGACAUAGUCCAAGCAAACAUCACGGCGCUCUACUUCAUGGUUUUCCCGAACGAUACUCAAGCUGUCACUGACGUUAGUGAAUUCGAAAGAGUCGCUCAAAUGUGAGAAUUGAGAAAAACUAUUCAUAUUCAAACUUGAUUCUGAUCUCAGUGCAAUCGAUCAACACAAUGCCAAUGUCACUGCAAAAACUACCUUCACGCUUCACGGACCACGAGGAAUGGAGGUGGCUGUUUUUUCAAUUUUUUCUCUUUUAAUCAGGAAUUUUUCAGCUGGAAAUCAAGAGAGGAACUGAGAGCUUUGCCGUUCAUUUUGCAAUCGGUAAUUUUCUUCUCAUUUUCAAGAUUUGCAUUACUUUUCUAGGUCUUAAUGUUUUUUGCGCUCUGCAGCUCAUAUUCUUCUACUUUGUCAAUAUGGCAUUCAAACCGAUCAGCUACUUGACGUGAGCCCUGAUUUUUUGAUUGAUCUUUCUAUUUACUUCAAAUUCAGAAACUUCGUAUUGUGGGUGGCGGCUCUCCUUGUGCCUCUUUGCUCUUUGGCUACCUCGGCGGCGGUACAUGUCCUUCUGGGAAACCAUUUCAACACACUUUUCCUGCUUUCGCCCAUUUUCGCCAUGAUUCUUAGUGAGUAGAAAUGCAUUUUUUCAAGACUGAGCUGUUUAUUUCAGCUUGUGAUGGGCUGUUUUUGAUUUACUUCAAUUGGGUGAGAAUCGGUCAAACCAACAAGGAACAUCAGACUAGUCUGGUAAGGCUCUAUCUUCUAUUUUCCACGGUUUGAAAGGCUCUGUUUGUGCAAAAGGAUUCUCAAAACGUUGCGAAUUGUUUUAAAGACCAGAAAAAUCAAGGAUCGAAAGAUUUUUGAUAGAAAUUUUUUCAUCUUUGGCAUCUCUUAGCAAGUAGAGAAAAUUAGGAAAGGCUAUGAAAUGAGUACUAAAACCAAGAAUUGAAAAAUUCUUGCACUUCCAUAUCGAUCUUUGAAGCUCAUUAUUUUGGGAGAUAAAUCAAUAAUCAUUGACAGUAGCGACUAAAUUUGUAAAUAUCGGACAACUAAAAUUGUGGAAAAUCGAUAUUUGACUUCCCGUUUUCAAGGUUUUGAGAAGCUGCGGACCUUCCAUUUUUGUUGUUCUUUCGACGGCGCUCGGUUUCAUCGUCGGAUCUCAGAUGACUGUUCCUGAAUACGCGAACCUUUCCUUCUUCAUUGGAAUUUCAUUGAUCUCAAUUUUCUUCCACACUGUGAGACAAAUUUGAUGAUUUUUGUAAUAUUUUGCUUCCAGAUUUGCUUGUUUGUGCCCACACUUGUUUGGAUUCAUUCUAGCAACGAACACAAGCCCGUGGAUACCGGUGUCAAGCCCACACAAACGACUUGUUGCUGUACCAAGUUCUUGAGUUUGUUUUUCUGAUUGUUUCUCUCAACAAAAAAGCUAGAAUCAUCGCUUUGACAGGUGAAACAGUAAGCCAUUGUGAAAAAAUUUGAGAAAAAAAUCCUGAGCUACUAAGGUUCAGUAAUAAAAUGAACAAUGCCAUCGGAAGCUCGAAGUUUGGGAAUUUUUUUCAGUGCUCGAACCGUUCUUUUGAACAAUUUUAGCUUGAUGAAAAUUUUGAAUAUGUCGUGGCUGUUUUAUGUGAGUAGAGCAAACAAAAAAAAUUGGAUAGAGUUGCUCAGAAAUAAAGUUCAAAAACUGACGGCUUUUGCGAAAAAACGCCGAAAUUCUAUGUUCAGAUUUCUUGUGUAUAAUUGUCGAUGAAUUUCAAUGCCUCAGUACUUCAAAACUUCAGAAAAAUGGAGCAAGCUCCUUUCGUACUCGAUGGUUGUGAAAAUAACGGCUAUAACCUCUCUGGUUUUGUUCCUCGGAAGCAGCGCACUCGUCCUUCCAGAUGUGAGAUCAAUUUAUUAUUGAAAAAAUCACGAAAAUAGUUUUUCAGACUCACGGAGACCUCGACUACCGCCAGCUUCUCCCUGAGGGAUCUCCGAACCGCAUGGGAGUCCACUUUAUGAGCGACAAGGUAUGUUUUUUUGAUGGUCAUCACAAAAAAAAUAGUUUUAUUUUCUCGAAAAGCUUCUGUACAUAUUAUGGAAAUAACUCCUUUGAUUUGAGGUCUGGCCGCAAUUCCUUCACAUUCUAUUCAUUGUGGAGCGGCCGCCUGAUUUUACAAACGAAAACGAUUAUGCCCGUUUCAAGGUACUUAUUGGCGGUAUCGAAAACUCAGUUUCUUUUCUCUCAGAGUAUGAUUCGACAGCUGGAAAAUCUGCCCGGAACGAUUGGUAGAGAAGCUGAUAUGACCUGGAUCAAGGACUUCAUGCGUCACAACGAAAUAGAGGAAGACGCUGCCAGUAAGUGGAAGCUUUUGUAAAAUGAGAAAAAGUUUGUAACAAUUCACUCAAAAGCAAUGAACCUUUUGGUGUGACCAAAAAUAACAUCCUUGAAAACACCUUUUUACCAGUCAACUUUCAGAACGUAUAAAAUUUUUUUUUCAGCUUUGCCAAUGCAAAACUUCCGCUCUUUCAUCGAUCACGCGGUUUACAAAGCUUGGAGGUCCGGUGUGCGAUACGAAAUUGAUGAAAGGUGAGAGAAAUUUGCAUUACAUUCAAAAAAAAAAUGUUUUCAGUGGAAAUCUCACACUAAACAAGAUGAUAUACAUGGUUGCCUUCAAUGGAACAACGACUUUGGCCGAGAAAGCUCAGCUCAUUGAAAGCUGUAGAGAAGUGAGAUUCGAUUUGAUUUUAUUUUGCUUUUGAAGAUUUCGAUCGACCAGAAUCACUACUUGAAAAAAUAACUCUGAAAUAAUUCUCCUUCAUCUGAAAAUUGCAACGGACUCUAAGCGACUUGAGCCGACUCACAUUUCUUGAACAUCAGGGCUCAAAAAAUACCUUCCGUCCAAUUAAAAAAAAUAACGCUCUUUUUUAUAUGAAGAAAAAAGCAACGUAUGGCAGUAUUAUUAUUAUUCAGGUUGUCCGAAAGUACCCAGAAUUCCGCGUUUAUCCAUUUGACACGGAAGUUGGCAUGGCGGACAGCAUUUUGCACUUGAUGGCCACAGUUAGACAGUAAGUUACAUAGAAUAAUGCCUUUUUGAUGCGUUUUUGAAGAUUGUAGUGCAGAUUCAUGAGCUUUUUUGGCACUUUUUGGUCAUCAUUCGAAAAAUUCUAUUAUCUCAAGCCGAUAGAAAUCGGUUUUUCCUGUUUUUUUUUGUGAAAAUAUUUCAAUGGAUGUCAUUUGGAAGAAGAUUUAUAGCUUCAAGCUUAGAUUUUACAGGAAAGCUUAACCCUAUUCGUUUGAACUUUCAAAAUGGAUCCUAUAAAAAAUGCCCUUCAGGAUUCCCUUCCUGACGCUUUUCUCCGUCAGUGCUUUUUCUCUCAUCGCUCUGAUGAACUUCGUCGUGGCGAUUGUCAAUGCUGGUCUUAUCUUUGUUAUUUACGCUGGUAGCUUCUUUUAAGUAAAUGCGACCCAUGAUAACUUCUUCAGGGACCUUGGCUGUGAUGACUUUCUUCGGUUACACGUUGAACCCCUUCUCCGUCGGUUAUCUCAUGUUUGCAAUUGCGAUUGCGCCGAAAUUCACAACGCACAUUAGCUACUUUCUUUUGCAGGUUUGAGCAUUCAGAAGAUAAUAAUUGAUUCAUCAUGAUAAAAAGAGAUUUCUAAUGAAAAACGUCCUUAUCGAAAAUAUGUACGGAAAGUCUGGUUGAAUAAUAUUUUUGUGUUUAUCUUAGGAAUUCCACGGGGUCCCUAUAGAGUUAACCUAAGGGGUCCUUUGAGGGUCACCUCUAGGGAUUUUACCAAGCCCUAUAGGGACCACUAAAGCUGGCAAAAGUGGUCUUAUAGGGGCAACCUCAGGGAACCUUGAAGGGUUCUUUCCUGGGACCAUUUUCCCAACCCCGAUAGGGGUCAUUAAAGCUGGCAAAAUGGCCCGUAUAAGGGUUAGUCGAUUGUUAUGAAUUCUAAGUGAAUAAGCAUUCCCAUGGGAAAAACAGAAUAAAUAAGCGUUUUUGAAUGGAAUCGGAAGACUCCUACAGGGACCACUUGAGCUUUAAAAUGAUAUUUUUGCUAUCAUAUAAAGAAAUGCUUUCAGGAACUGCGCGUCCCGGAUCACACGAAGCGGGAGCAGAGAGUUUACACCGCGUUCACAAAGACAUUGGCUCCUUUCAUGGCUGUGAGCAUGAUAAUCUCUUCCUCAUUACUCGAUUCUACCUUCAGAGUUGGACUUGCGGCUUCAUCUUCUUGCUGCCGACCAUCUUCGUCAAAGUCCAGAUCUUCCGCGAGCUGGCUGCCUUCCACUUGACUCUACACGUCAUCGGGCUCUACGUGGCUCUUCUGGUUCUUCCUUCCAUUAUCUGUUGCUUGCCCAAAGGUCUCAUCAGCACGGAGUUCUUCUACAGCAGGAAAAAGUGA